AUGGUAUACUCACCUAAAGAGCUCGCAAUGAGAAUAUUGAAGGUUGGAGCCAGAAAAGUCUGGUUAGAUCCAACAAAGAUGGAAGCAAUUCAACAAACAAAAACAAGAGAAGGUAUCAGAGAAUUAAUUGCACAAGGAGCUAUUAAAAGAAAGUUUACAUUAAGAGGAAGUUAUAAGUCAGCAAAAGGACCUUUCUUGUUUCCAAAAGAAGAUCUUACUUUAAUAAAGCAACCAUCCGAACCAUUAUCACAAUAA